UUCUAGUCGGUUCGAUUUUUAUUUUUAAAGCAAGCCGGGUCUGUUUUGUUAGGUCUAAUCAAUAUCAAUAACUAUAUACUAAAGGCGAAUAAAAAAUGACACGUGACAAAAUCUGGUUAAAUAAUUUCCCUCCACUUUUUUUUUUCUUUUUUUUGUCAGAUUAUCUUAGGCAAUUUUAAUACACUAUAAUAUUUACUUUCCUACUUAAACACAAUCUUUCCGUCCCAAAUUCAAUAAAACAUUUUUGUAACAACUUAUAGAAAAUUUAAGCAACAUAAUACGAAAUAUUAUUUAAAAAGAUAUGCAUAAUUUUUAAUAUAAUUAGCAAAAUAUCGAAUUUUUUCAUACUUAUUAUAAAAAAAAUCAUAAAAAAGUUGUUGAAAUAAAUAUAUUUACUACUUAUAAAUUUUGGUAAAUCCGUGCACGGGACCAUAAGCCAGUACAACUUAUAGUUACGCCAUUCAAAUAACACUUGGCAGCCGAUACAUGUUACUUUCUCCCGCCCCCCAUUUUGUGAGCUGUGGAAUUCAGAAGGGUUUGCACUUUGCAGAAGAUGAACUCUCUCAAUUUCUUCUCCAAUUCCUGCUAAUAAUCGCUGAGUACUCGAAUUAUGUAAGUCUUUCAAUCCCUUUGUUUCUCAAUUUUUGUGAAAUCCAUCAUAAUUCUAGGUUGAUUUUAAUUUUCUAACCCAAUUUUGUAAUCGAUUUUUGGGUAGAUUGAAACCUGAAAAAUCAUGAAAUCUAGAUCAAAGAAGCAAAAACUUAGCGAUAAAGAUGAUGAAAUCAGAGAUUGGUCUAGCGAAUUGCCAAAAGAUGUACUUGCUCACAUACUUUCUUUUCUGCCAAUUAGAGAUGCUAUAAAAACUGUUCAAAUUCGCAGAUUUGGUGAUCUUUGGACUUUGAGCCCUAAUCUUAAUUUCUCUUUCCAAAAGGAAAGAUUCAUCGACAAUGUGAUCAAAUACCACAAAAAUCCCAUUAUUAAUACGUUUGAAUUAAAAGUAUUAUUUGAUAUUUCACAGGAUAAGUUGAUUGAAUGGACCAAUUUCGCUUUAAGUAAAGAAACUAAGGAGUUGAAGUUUAUUUUUAUAAUUUAGUUAAUCUGCCACCACAAGUUUUCCGUAGUCAUUGUCUUGUUGUGCUUGAGCUUAUGGGGUUUGCGAUCAAGCUCCCGGGUGUUGUGAACUUGGAGUCACUGAGAAGUUUGGUGCUUGAGCGUGUGGGUUUGAGUGAUGAGAUGUUUCAAGAUUUGAUAAAAGGAUGCCCGCUUUUACAAGAAUUGUUUGUUUUAAAUCCUCAAGGAUUACAAAAGAUCUUGUAUGUUGAAAAUGUGCUUUUGGAUCAUCUGAAAGUGAUUAAUGCUUCUUCGGCCUGUCUAUGCUUCAUCAAAAAAAUAUUUUAUUUCGAAGACCAGGAUAUGAGAGUGACGAGGGCUCAGCAUUUUGAAUUAUUACUUGACAAAUUUCGGAAUGCUGAGUUUUUCCAGCUGGGAAGCAAAGUUUAUCGACAACUUCAACACUGUGGACAAGAAUAUAAUGAGAAACUAUCUGAUGAUUCUGAUCUAUGCAAUGAUUGGACACAUAUAGCUCUGAGGCCUGGUUUCCAUGGAGGCUGUCUGCUAGACAUGUUCAGAUUACUGUGCAACUCACACAUGUUGGAAGAACUUAUAAUAUAUGCCAACGGGGAUUUUUCUUGUGAUUGCAAUGAACUCCUUGUGCAAGAGGUUUUUUCUUGUUAUGAUAUCCAUCAACUUAAGAAUGUCUCCAUUCGUGAGUAUGGGAAGCCUUACAAAACUCUUUUUCGGCUGAUAGAAAUUCUGCUUGAAAGAGCAGACACCUUGGAGAAAUUGGUUAUUGCCAGCAGUGGGAAGGAUCAGCUCUUUUCGAACGACAACAAAAUUUUCUUUAUGAAGUUAUUGGGCAUUCCAAGGGCCUCACGCAAUGCACGCAUUAUUUUCGAUGGAGAAAUAUACUGAAGGAAAACCAUACUCACUAGAUUGUCCCAAUUUGAAGAUCCUGCAUAUUGGUAAUGUUUUAUCAAAUAAUCUGCAACUGAUUGAUGUUUCAUCUGUCUGUGAAGUCAAUAUCAUACGUCUGUUGCCCUGUAGUGAUAAAUGUUUUGAAAUUUUACUCGACAAGGUUGAAGAUGUCGAGGUUUUCCACUGGGGAUAUAAAGCUUAUAUGGUGAGUUGAUGUGUAUUCCUCUUCCCCAUGAUCUUUCUUGUGUGAAGAACCCGGCCUGCAUUUUUGCUGUGUAUUCUUGAUUCUCUAGUAUUUGUUGCUAUUUAUUUUCAAUAUUGUUAUCUUGUCAGCUAUGAUAUUUAUUAUGUACUGUAUCAAAUUUAAGUCAUGUCAUCAUACAAUCUUAGGCUCUUAAACUGUACUUGCAUUGUUUCCUUGAUGUUAAAAGAGAGAAAUAGUUAGA